GUCGAGAAGACAAAGUACAUACCGGCGGCCGAUUUCGACAACCUCAUCAAUGGAAUGCAUGUUAUGCAGUUGAGCCUGGCGGACACGCUGCGCAACUACCUGAUGAAGAAAGCUGCGGCACACGAGGCGGCCCGCGAGUCCAUGUCCGAGGCAGCAGAGGCUGCUCGGGAAGCCGCGGACCUCAUCCGUGGUGCAAAUCCGGAUUCAACCCCGCCACCUGAUGAAGACCUUGUCGUCGACGAGCCGAUGUAUCCGGAGGAGGACUACAGCUACGGCUAUGACUACGCUGCUGGUGCAGCCCCGGGUGAGAGAGAGGACGAGAUCCCUCCUGGGACGAAAUUGGAGGAUCUUCCGGCCUUGAAUGACGUGGCCGAGCUCAACAACGAAGGAGUCGACCUCGAGAAAGAGAGGGAACUGAUGUACGACGACAACAUGGAGAAUCAAAUGUCGAAAAUAUCUGCAGCACCAUGGCUGCUGUCGGCUCUGUCGUGGCAGAUGCCGAGUGUGCUGCGGUCCCAGCAGCGGCGGCGGAGCCAUGACAGGUUUCUGGCUGCAGUGAUCGGCUAG